AUGUCGUACAUGGAUGCGCGAGACGUGGGGAGUAAGAUUGGGAGCGGCGGCGUCGCCUCGGCGUCGCGUGCGAACGCCGAUCGACGGGAGCGGCUCCGACGACUCGCCCUGGAGACGAUCGAUCUGGCGAGAGAUCCGUACUUCAUGAAGAAUCACUUGGGGUCGUACGAGUGUAAACUGUGCUUGACCUUGCACGCGAAUGAAGGGAAUUACUUGGCGCACACGCAGGGGAAGAGACAUCAACAAAAUCUGGCGAAGCGCGCGGCGAGGGACGCGCGGGACGCCGGGGUGAGCGCGCCGUCGCGGGCGGCGAAGAUUGCGCCGAGGAAGACGACGAAGAUCGGGCGACCGGGGUAUCGCGUGACGAAACAAUUCGAUCCGCGGACGCGACAGCGCUCGCUGUUGUUCCAGGUGGAUUAUCCCGAGUGCGAGCGCGGGACGAAACCGAGGUAUAGGUUCAUGUCGGCGUACGAACAAAAGGUGGAGGCGUGGGAUAAGCGGUAUCAGUACGUCUUGUUCGCGUGCGAGCCGUACGAAACCGUCGGAUUUAAGAUUCCAAACGUCGAGGUGGACAAGUUUGGCGCCGAUAAGUUUUUUACCCAUUGGGAUCCCGACGUGAAGACGUACACGUGUCAGAUUACGCUCAAACGCACCGACGGCGCGGGUGUUGGACGCCAAGGAGGCGCUCGCGCGGGACUUCCCCCGCCGGGCUCGAUUCCGCCGCCGCCGAUGAUGACGGCGCCGCCGCCGCCGAUGAUGACGGUGCCGCCGCCGCCGCCGCCGCCGAUGAUGACGGUGCCGCCGCCACCGCCACCGCCACCGCACUGA